AUGGACUUCUCAUCCUUCGCCUUGGUGACCGUGGUGCUCGCUAUGUGCCAAACGACCGUGGUGCGGGCAGACCCGGUGGACGUGCUGAGGGCUCUGCAGGUCCCCUCGCUCCCUGAGGGCGUGAAGAAAGUCCCCGGCUUCUGCACCUCCCGUCGCUCCGGCAGCCCCGACCAUGCUUACCGCAUCACCAAGAAGGCCCAGAUCUCUGCCCCCACCAAGCAGCUCUUCACAGGUCGUUUCCCGGAGAACUUCUCCAUCAUGGCUCUGGUUAAGGCCCAGUCUGGUCUCCAGGCCUUCCUCCUCUCCAUCUACAGCGAGCAGGGCAUCCAGCAGCUGGGAAUCGAACUGGGACGCUCGCCCGUUUUCCUGUACGAGGACCAGAACGGCAAACCGGCCCCUGAGGACUACCCACUGUUCAGAGGCGUCAACCUGGCUGAUGGCAAGUGGCAUCGCAUCGCUAUCUCUGUUUCCAAGAAGAACGUGACUCUGCUGCUGGACUGCAAGAAGAAGAUGACCCGCGCUCUGCCCCGGGGCAGCCACGCUGAGGUGGACACCAACGGCAUCACGGUGUUCGGAGCCCGGCUGCUCGAUGAGGAGGUUUUCCAGGGAGACAUCCAGCAACUGCUGAUUGCCUCCAACCCCCAGGCGGCCUACGACUACUGUGAGCACUACAGCCCCGACUGUGACUCCCCUCUGCCCAAGACCCAGGCUCAGGACCCCAACACAUACUACUUUGAUGAGGAGCAGGAUGACCAUGAAUACCCCUAUUAUUAUGAGGAAACAACUGGCGUUCCCUCCUCCUCUGCGUCCCCCUCUCCCCGACCUGGGGCCCCCAAUCUACAGAAGAAGGCGCCCAAUGGAAAAGCAGCCCCCACUAAAACCACCCCUGUCAAAGCCAAACCCUCCCCGAAGCCGGUCAAGACUGGAUCAUCCAAACUCGUGGUUAAGCCACCUAUGCCCGCCAAAGCUUCCAAGUCCGCCACAGCCAAGUCGACCAAAGCAAAGCCCACUGGAGUAGAGAUCCUCUUGUCUAAGAUUAAACCAACCGCACCAGCUAAAUCCAAGCCCACGGCUGCUCCGGCUAAGAAUGGCAACGGUAAAGCAGCUGCUGAGAAGAAAGCCAAUGGUGCAGCCAAAGCCAAUGGCAAUGGAAAACCAGCUGUAGCAAAGGCUAAUGGCAACGGCAAAGCUGUAGCUGCCGAAGCUAAACCUACAGCUCAGGCCAAGGUGAACGGCAACGGAAAUGGCAAGGUUGUAACAGAGAAGAAAGUCAAUGGUAAUGGAAAAACAUCUGCAGAAAAGAAAGUCAACGGAAAUGGAAAAGUUACUGUUGUGUCAAAGGUCAACGGCAAAGCCACAGCAGAGAAAAAAGCCAAUGGAAAUGGCAAAACCACCAUUGAAGUUAAAGAGGUUAAAGUCCAAGUUAAAAGCAAAGCUGAGAACAAAGUCAACGGCGAGGCGAAGGCCAACGGAAAAGUUAUCACUGUGGUAGAAAAGAAGGUCGUGAGUAACGGUGCUGCAAAUCUGGCAAAAAUUGAAACCACUACAAAGGCAAAGACUGAGAAAGUUGUUAAAGUAGAAAAAAUUGAGAAGACUGUGGUCAUUGCAACUAAAUCAGCUGCUAAAGUCGAAGCCACCAAAGCACCUAAACCCACAAAGGCAUCUAAACCUGAACCUACAAAAGCGGCAAAGGCUGUGGCGACCAAGGCUCAGGCAGCCAAAACCCAAGUGAAGGCUGAGGUCAAAGAGGUCACCAAAGUUAAAACUGUGGUCACCAAGGUCCCUCUGGUCAAAUCAACCGCAAGCACAAGCAAAGUCGUGAAGAAUGUGGUCGAGAAGGUUUUCAUCCCAAAGAAGGCAGCCACGACACCCGCCCCGGUCCGGCCCACUCCCCCCAGACCCACGAGAUCCAAGAUGGUGUUGGACAUCAAUGUCAAAUCCCUGCACAAACCCUUCCCACCCUUCGGCAAGCCCGAGCUGAGUGGAACCGUCGUCCAAGCGAAGAAAAAUACCAACGGUUAUCAACAGGAUGUAGACACUGAAUAUACUGAGGCUGGCCACACCGCUACAGAGACUGAUUAUUACUAUGAGGAGAUGGUCCCACAGCCAGAGGGUGAGGUGACUGGACAUGAAGAGACCCCUGUGCAGCCCCAGGUGGAGUCGACGUUGGUGGGAGAGGAGGUGGAUGCCACCAAGGCAGGCGGUGUGGGCGAAGACGUCUUCACUGAGGAGUAUGUGACUGGGGACGUGGGCCUUAAGGAAUACGACUAUUCCUACAGGGACUACAAUGAGCCGUUAGUGGAGACUGGAGAGGCCGAUGCCAACAUGGGCCCCGCCCUGUCCGCUGUGACAGACGAGGGAGGCGCUGCUGUCAGAGGCUAUAAAGGAGAGAAAGGAGAACCCGCUGUCUUGGAGCCUGGCAUGUUGAUUGAAGGACCUCCAGGACCUGAGGGACCUGCUGGUCCGACCGGCCCCCCCGGCUCCUCUGGACCUCCCGGUUCUCUUGGAGACCCUGGCGAGAGGGGUCUUCCUGGUAGAGCUGGUCUGCCUGGAGCUGAUGGAGUCCCUGGACCUCCUGGAACAUCUGUCAUGUUGCCUUUCCGUUUUGGUCAGAGUGGAGGAGAUAAGGGUCCUGCUGUUUCCGCCCAGGAGGCUCAGGCAGCGGCCAUCUUGUCUCAGGCCAGGAUGGCUCUGAAAGGACCAUCUGGACCAAUGGGAUUCACCGGACGCUCCGGACCCCUGGGGAACCCUGGAAGUCCUGGCCUGAAGGGAGAGGGUGGGGACCCUGGUCCUCAGGGCCCCAGGGGACCCAAUGGUUUGAUGGGUCCUCAAGGCAAAUCAGGAAGAAGAGGCCGGGCUGGAGCCGAUGGUGCCAGAGGAAUGCCCGGAGAGUCUGGUUCUAAGGGUGACCGUGGCUUCGAUGGUCUUCCUGGUUUGCCCGGUGACAAAGGACACAGGGGUGACACCGGAUCCCUGGGACCCGCAGGAGCUCAAGGAGAGGACGGAGAGAGGGGAGAUGACGGAGAAGUCGGACCCAGUGGUCUCCCAGGUGAACCAGGACCUCGUGGUUUGCUCGGACCCAAGGGUCCUCCUGGAAUCUCUGGACCUCCUGGUGUGCGUGGAAACGACGGGCCCUAUGGUCCCAAAGGAAACUUGGGUCCCCAAGGAGAACCAGGACCUCCAGGUCAGCAGGGAACCUCAGGAACUCAGGGAAUGGCAGGACCUCAGGGAGCCCUCGGACCUCCAGGAGAGAAAGGUCCCACAGGAAAACCAGGUCUGCCAGGAAUGCCCGGCGCUGACGGACCUCCUGGUCACCCAGGGAAGGAGGGGCCUCCUGGCACCAAAGGAAAUCAUGGUCCCAACGGUCCUCAGGGUGGUAUCGGAUAUCCUGGCCCUCGAGGCGUGAAGGGAGGACAGGGAAUCCGUGGCCUGAAGGGACACAAGGGAGAGAAGGGAGAAGAUGGUUUCCCUGGAGUUAAAGGAGAUUUCGGCGCAAAGGGCGAGAGGGGAGAGCUCGGAGUACCAGGACCCAGAGGAGAGGACGGUCCAGAGGGGCCGAAGGGUCGCGUCGGACCCCCUGGUGAGCUCGGACCACUCGGACUUGUUGGAGAGAAGGGUAAACUUGGUGUACCUGGACUCCCUGGAUAUCCUGGAAGACAAGGACCUAAGGGAUCCCUCGGAUUCCCAGGUUUCCCUGGUUCAAACGGCGAGAAGGGAACAAGGGGUCUUUCUGGCAAAGCAGGACCAAGAGGACAAAGAGGACCAACGGGCCCCAGAGGGCAGCGAGGGCCGAGGGGCUCCACCGGGAAAUCAGGAGCCAAGGGAACCUCAGGAAGCGAUGGCCCAUCAGGUCCUCUCGGAGAGAGGGGAUUGCCCGGGCCCCAGGGAGCCAACGGUUUCCCCGGACCAAAGGGACCUCCCGGACCACCAGGAAAGGAUGGGCUGCCUGGACACCCUGGCCAGAGAGGAGAAGUUGGUUUCCAAGGGAAGAUGGGUCCACCUGGGCCUCCUGGAGUAGUUGGACCUCAGGGUCCAUCAGGAGAGACCGGCCCCAUGGGCGAGCGCGGCCAUCCCGGACCCUCAGGUCCACCUGGAGAGCAAGGACUUUCUGGUCCCUCAGGAAAGGAGGGUACCAAGGGAGACUCUGGACCCCCAGGAGGCCCCGGAAAAGAUGGGCCCUCAGGCCUGAGAGGCUUCCCCGGUGAGAGAGGACUUCCUGGAACCCCUGGAGGUGGAGGACUGAAGGGAAGUGAAGGACCUGCCGGACCUCCUGGACCUGCUGGGUCUCCUGGUGAGAGGGGACAAGCUGGUACUGCUGGACCUGUAGGACCUCCUGGCAGACCAGGCCCUCAGGGGCCACCUGGACCCUCCGGAGAGAAGGGAGUUCCUGGCGAGAAAGGACCUAUUGGAUCGGCAGGUCGUGACGGAGUGCAGGGGCCCGUGGGUCUGCCUGGCCCCGCCGGAACACCUGGAGUACCCGGAGAGGACGGAGACAAGGGUGAGGUUGGAGAGCAUGGUCAGAAGGGCGCCAAGGGAGGAAAGGGAGAACACGGUCCUCCUGGUCCCCCUGGGCCGAUGGGUCCGGUCGGUCAGCCUGGUCCUGCUGGAGCUGAUGGAGAGCUGGGACCCAGGGGCCAGCAGGGGCCUUUUGGAGCCAAAGGUGACGAAGGAUCCAGAGGAUUCCCAGGAGCCCCAGGACCCAUCGGACUGCAGGGAUUGCCGGGACCAUCGGGUGAGAAGGGAGAGACGGGAGACGUUGGACCUCUGGGUCCUCCAGGCCCUCCAGGACCCCGCGGCCCUGCUGGACCCAGCGGUGCUGAUGGUCCUCAAGGUCCACCGGGUGGUUUGGGUAACCCUGGAGCCAUUGGAGAGAAGGGAGAGUCUGGUGAGUCUGGACCACCUGGAAUUGGCGGAGAACCUGGAAAGAAGGGUCCUCGUGGAGAGCGCGGAGAGAAGGGAGAGGCUGGACAAUCUGGAACUGCUGGACCUGCUGGAGGACGAGGACGACCUGGAGACGACGGACCCAAGGGCAACCCGGGGCCUGUUGGUUUCCCUGGAGAUCCCGGACCACCUGGUGAGCUGGGACCCAGAGGUCAAGAUGGCGCCAAGGGAGAGAGAGGAGAAGAUGGUGAAGCUGGAGAAUCUGGCUCCCCUGGACCUCCUGGUGAGAACGGAUCUACCGGCCCUCUAGGAAAGAGGGGUCCUGCUGGAACGAGAGGACCAGAGGGACGUCAGGGAGAGAAGGGAACCAAGGGAGACUCAGGUGCUGUUGGUCCACCAGGGAAAACCGGCCCCGUUGGCCCCCAGGGGCCGGCAGGAAAACCAGGAACAGAAGGUCUCCGAGGACUCCCAGGAUCAGUGGGAGAACAAGGAUCUCCAGGACUCGCUGGACAGAAAGGUCCAUCUGGACCCCUGGGACCUCCUGGUUUGCCGGGUCUGCGUGGAGAGCCCGGUGGAAAGGGAGAGAAGGGACACCCAGGUCUCAUCGGCCUCAUCGGACCCCCAGGCGAGCAGGGAGAGAAGGGAGACCGAGGUCAUUCCGGGCCUCAGGGAUCCACCGGAACCAAAGGAGAGACUGGAAUGGCCGGCGGCUCCGGACCCCUCGGCCCUGCUGGUCCUCCUGGUCUGCCUGGUCCUCAAGGUAUCAAGGGAGCUAAGGGUUCUUCUGGAGGAGCUGGUCCAAAGGGAGAAAAGGGUGUACAGGGACCUCCUGGAUCUCCUGGCCCACCAGGCGAGGUCAUUCAGCCGCUGCCCAUCCAGAGGAGUCCCAAGUCCAAGCGCUCCAUCGACGCCAGCCAGCUGCUGCCCGAGUUCGACCCCGACAUGCCUGCCUCUGACGCCGCGGGCACUGAGUUCCUGAUGGGCAGUGAAGGCAUGGAGGAGAUCUUCGGCUCGCUCAACUCACUUCGCCAGGAGAUCGAGACCAUGCGUUUCCCUCUGGGCACCCAGGACAGCCCCGCCCGCACCUGCCAGGACCUGCACCUCAGCCAGCCAGACCUCAGAGACGGAGAGUACUGGAUCGACCCCAACCAGGGCUGCUCCAGAGACUCCUUCAAGGUCUUCUGUAAUUUCACCAACGGAGCAGAGACGUGUCUGUAUCCCAGCAGGACCAUCAACACGGUGAAGAUGAGCUCCUGGGACAAGGAGACUCCGGGAUCCUGGUACAGUCAGUUCUCCACUGGUUCUAAGUUCUCCUACGUGGACUCUAACGGCGAGAGCGUGGGUGUGGUCCAGCUGGGCUUCCUGCGUCUCCUGAGUGUCCAGGCCCGUCAGAACGUCACCUACCACUGCCACCGCUCCGUGGCCUGGGCCGACCAGAGCGCCACCAACAACUACGACCGGGCGCUGCACCUGAAGGGCGCCAACGAGGAGGAGCUGAGCUACGAGACCAACCCCUACAUCAAAGCCUUGAUCGACGGCUGUUCUUAUCGUAAGGGCUUUGACAGGACAGUCCUGGAGGUCAACACACCACAGGUGGAGCAUCUCCCCCUGCUGGACAUCAAGGUGUCGGACUUUGGGGAGAGCAACCAGCAGUUUGGAUUUGAAGUGGGACCUGUUUGUUUCCAAGGCUAAAAACACACAUACACGCACACAAACACACCAUGCAGACGCACACACACAUGCACUUAGAGACACAGUUAUAUAUAAAAAACACACACGCCCAGUAAUUUGUAAAUUAACUUGUAAAUGAUAUGAAACACACACAAACACACACACACACACACACAGAUGCUGUUGUGAGACACACUCACGUACGUGCCUGGGGAAAGCAACAUCCUUCCAACGAGUAAUGGACGUCAAAGUAAAAAGUAAAGAGGAGCGAAAUCAAAUGAAACACUUGUGAAGAGGAGAUCAUCCUCACGUCCGCGAGAAAGGAAGAAAAACCCGGAGAGAGUAAAACAGUGUUUUCUUUCCCAGCAGCGCCGGGGGCCGGCACGGGGCCUGUCGGCAACUUGCCUCCGAUCGCCCUCUCACUCAUCUCUCUCCUUCCCGCUGUCUCUCUCUCUCUUUUUUUUCCGCCCCCACUCACCUCACCUGCUCUACCUCCCCCCUCUUCCUCCCCCCCGCCACAAAAAGGGUCACGUUUAGACAUCAUUUUGAUUUUUGUACAAACACAUGCACCCUGCGAGCAGCGGGUUUGACGGUCGCUCUCUUCGAGUCCUGGUUCCUGGUUCCUGGUUUUUUAUUUCUAAAUCAACUUCUUUGCUCUUUGCAAACCGGAACCUUCUGCUCGUGAACCAGGCAUCAGACCUGAAACCUCUAACGUCUCCGGUCGUCCCGUCCUGCAGUGACCUGUCAAUCACGUUGCUCACAUGUGACUCUCAGCUUUUACGCUCUCACGAC